CGGAGCCCGGCCGCACGCCCGUUCCCGAUCCCCGCCGCCAGGGCCGCCGUGGGUCCUCCCUCUCGCGCUCGGAGCAGCGGCCCUAGCCCGCGCCGAAGAGCCCGAUUCUAAAAGAGAGAACGGCUGGUGCUCCGCCCGGCUUCCCGGGCGGGAGCUUUUGUUCGGGGAGGAAUGCCAGCCGCUGGAUCCCGUCCCCCACCUCCCGGGCUGAGCGGGAUGGUAGCGAGGCUCGGAGAGGUUCCGGAGGUGGCCCGGGUCAUGCGCUCAGUUCCUUGCUCCCUUCCCAUCCAGAAGCGGCGAGCUCUUGACCGGGAAGUGGUGCCGCCGCCAUUGUCGCGGCGGCCCCGGGGUCGGGGAGGCGGCCGGCUGGUCGCCGCGGCUUCUGUAGUUUCGGCUUAGCGGGGGCCCCCGCGCCGGCGCUUUGGAGAAUCGACAUGCAGAGGCAGCUUCGUCCAGGAGAGCUGAACCCGACGCUGCCAGCCACCCUCCUCUUUGUUCCCAACCUGAAAAUGGGUACAGGUGCCAGUGACAGGACAAAAAAGGAAAGUUUCUUUUUAAAAAUCAAUUUUUGAAAACAUUCUUGUUUGCAACUGGGGAUAAGGAAAGAGCCAACUUUACUCUUUUAUGUCCUUUUCUCUUGUAGGACUGGCGUGCCCCUGAUCAGAGUUAUUCUGAUCCGAAGAUUUUGGUGUUCAAAGCAUUAAGAUAAUAGCCUGAGUUGUUCAUGGAGUUUUUCAUCAGUAUGUCUGAAACCAUUAAAUAUAAUGACGAUGACCAUAAAACUCUGUUUCUGAAAACACUCAACGAGCAACGCUUGGAAGGAGAAUUUUGCGACAUCGCGAUUGUGGUCGAGGAUGUGAAGUUCAGAGCGCACAGGUGUGUUCUCGCUGCCUGCAGCACCUACUUUAAAAAGCUUUUCAAGAAACUUGAGGUAGAUAGUUCCUCAGUAAUAGAAAUAGAUUUCCUCCGUUCCGAUAUAUUUGAAGAGGUCCUGAAUUACAUGUACACGGCAAAGAUCUCCGUGAAAAAAGAAGAUGUUAACUUAAUGAUGUCAUCCGGUCAGAUUCUCGGCAUCCGGUUCCUGGAUAAACUCUGCUCUCAGAAGCGGGACGUGUCCAGCCCGGACGAAAACAACGGUCAGUCGAAAAGCAAGUACUGCCUGAAGAUCAACCGCCCCAUUGGGGAUGCUGCCGACCCUCAGGAUGACGACGUGGAGGAAAUCGGAGACCAGGACGACAGCCCCUCGGAUGACACGGUAGAAGGCACCCCCCCGAGUCAGGAGGACGGCAAAUCGCCCACGACGACGCUCAGGGUGCAGGAGGCCAUCCUGAAAGAGCUGGGCAGCGAGGAGGUACGGAAGGUCAACUGCUACGGCCAGGAGGUAGAGUCCAUGGAGACCCCCGAGUCCAAGGACCUGGGGUCCCAGACCCCUCAGGCCUUAACAUUUAACGACGGGAUGAGUGAAGUGAAGGAUGAGCAGACCCCAGGCUGGACCACGGCGGCCAGCGACAUGAAGUUCGAGUACCUGCUGUACGGGCACCACCGGGAGCAGAUCGCCUGCCAGGCGUGCGGGAAGACGUUUUCGGACGAGGGUCGGCUGAGGAAGCACGAGAAGCUGCACACGGCCGACCGGCCCUUCGUGUGCGAGAUGUGCACCAAGGGCUUCACCACGCAGGCCCAUCUGAAGGAGCACCUGAAGAUCCACACGGGCUAUAAGCCCUACAGCUGCGAGGUGUGCGGCAAGUCGUUCAUCCGCGCCCCGGACUUGAAGAAGCACGAGCGGGUGCACAGCAACGAGCGGCCCUUCGCCUGCCAUAUGUGUGACAAGGCCUUCAAGCACAAGUCCCACCUCAAGGACCACGAGCGCCGUCACCGCGGCGAGAAGCCCUUUGUGUGCGGCUCCUGCACCAAGGCCUUCGCCAAGGCGUCCGACCUGAAGCGGCACGAGAACAACAUGCACAGCGAGCGCAAGCAAGUCACCCCCAGCGCCAUGCAGAGCGAGACCGAACAGCUGCAGGCGGCGGCCAUGGCUGCGGAGGCCGAGCAGCAGCUGGAGACCAUCGCCUGCAGCUAGAGGCGGGGGACCGGGAUGCGCAUGCGCGCGGCAGGGAUGCUCAGCGUCCUUUAUCCGCAUCCGGCAUCCCGACCCAUGAACGCCAGCCGCCACAUUUCGGUGGAAACUUACGGAGAACUUGUACUCGCUGGACAUAAGGCAGUGCUUGGUUGGGUGUUUCGAAAACUUUGCAAGGAAAUAACCGUUCCUUGGUUCUGACCAAACUGUUUCACUGUCCCGUCUGGUGUCUUGUAUUAAUGUUGCCAGUAAGCACCCGGCCCCCGCCCCCCGCCACUUUUUUUUUUUAUGAUUUCUGAUUUUAAUUUGAGAACUCCUGGGCCCAGUUCAGAAGUGAGAGACUUAUGUCCCUUUUUAAAAGUCCCCCUCUCCACCUGCUGCACCAGGGAGUGCACCGUACAGAGUGAUAAUUGAGUGGAUUGAUUUCCUGACCAUUCUGUGUGACUUACAGGUCACAGCGACAUUUUUAAGAACUUUAGUAAAAGUACUUCGUGUAGACGCAGGAAAUACGGGUGGAUGAUUGACCAAGAACCCUGCGUGCACGGAUAGGAAAACAAGUUCUGGAAAUGCAAAAUGUUGUUAGAUUUAUAUACUUGGUUUGUUAAUUUUCUAUCACUUGUUUUUCAUGGUUUUUGUGGACAAAUAAUGGUUGCUUUGCUGAAGUGUUUCUUCAUCCUUUUUGAUUGCCCUUACCAGCCCCUAAAGAUGUCACAUGACCUAAAGGCAUGUCAGUUGCUUGAGGGCUGAGUUUUUUCACUCUUAUUUGGGGUAUUGCUACUCUGCAGCUGAUGGGGUUUGUGGGCUGGACCAGUGGUGAGAGGGUUAGAAAAGGGAGUGUAGGAACCUGGUUCUCAGAGACAAGGUUUGCACAUUUGCAACAAGUCCAAGAUUUCCUAGAUCAAAAUAAUUCCUGAUUUUGAAAUUGGAUUUUUGUUUAGGAUCAAAAUUAGGCCAAGAGCAGGUAUACCUCUUUGGGUACGUUUGUGUAACUUAAAAGAGUGUCAUCAAGCUUUUGGGCUCUCGGUAGCACGUGAUUAUCCAUAAAGAAGAUGCAAUGUCCUUCCGGAAAUCAUUAUGUUUAAAAUCUUUUACCUGUGUAAAUAGUACAGAAGCGUUGGUCUUAUGUAUCUCAAGUACAAAUAGACAGCUGCACUUUUUUUGCACAUGGGAUUAACAAUAUCUCCAUCAGAAACAAACGUCAGUCUGUUUUUAACCAAUAUUAAAGAUUGUCCAAAUGUUUAUGUUCUUGAAGUAUAUUUCAUCACUGGUUACAGUUUUAAGUGGAAGAUGAUUGCCUUUUCAGAGCCGUAAACUGAAUUAUAAGUGCUGUUCCAAUUCUGGUGUACGAAAUUUCUUUUUAAACAUUUCUUUAGGAAUACAUUGAAAUACCAACAAUAGUUUGAAUUAUGUUCUGUAAUAAAGAAUUAGUUCUUUUAGAAUGUACCAUUUUCAAAAAAUGUCGAUUUUUAAAAUUUAUUUUUGGUUGCUAGGGUUUUUUUUCCUCUUAAGAUACAUUAAAGUAAUUUCAUUUCCUAGCUCGUUGCAUUAACACCUGUAAUUAUUAUUAUUGUGAGAGAAAAUUUAUUUUUUAAACUGGUGUAUAUGUUAUGCCCAUGAUUGUAGGAUGAAGAUGUUACCUUUUUAAGAAUCUUAUUUAUUGGUAAAUGUUUAGUUUAAAACUAAUUUAAUUUCUUUUCUUAAAUGUUGUUUAUUUUCUCCUAAAAGCAGUUGUGUCGCUGUGUUUAUAUGCUCUUCAUAGAAGGGGAACCGGUUGCUGUUCCUAGACUGUUUUAACCAAAGCAAAGGAAAAGUGAUCUAACAUCUUGUGGAUGGCUACUUCAACAAAUCAUACCUGGGGCCUUUGUUUUUGUAUAUAAAAGAAAAUAUACUUCUGUCAUUCCUGUUUUUGUUUUUUUCCUAGCAGCCUGUCACACACCCAGGUUUCUACCCAAGUGCAUAUUCUAUACUAUCUUCAUCUUGGUUAUAAAGAGUUGCAAGUUCCCCAUGUGGCAUUAACCUUCACUGAAACCACAUAAUCGCAGUGGUAUCCCCAAAAGAAAGCUCUUUCAGCACUUUAUUUGCAUCCUGUAAAUAUGUGUCAUUGCUCGUAUUUUGCAUGAGAAAUAUAUUUGUGUUGUAAUUUCCA